CAAAGCACCUCACUUUUUUUUUAAAGAAAAAUAUAUGUUGCCUUUCUCACACUCCUUUUAAAGUUCGAAACUUUCAGACAACAAGGAAGAAAUCUCUGGAACUUCAACUGAAAGUAAGGAAUUUUCUUUUGUAGUAAAGACUAUCUUUUUUUUUCUCAAGACAGUUUGAUUUGUUGGGUUGUCUUAAAUUGUUGAAGCUCAAGGACACAAAUAUGAGGUUUCUUUCAUGUAUUUGUCGUGCUUUCUAAAAUAAAAAGUUGAGUUUUUUAAGCUACUUCAUGCGCUUUCUGUGUUGGGAUUUUAGCUUAGAGAUCAAAGUCAUCCAAAACUCAUUUGGUUGUAAAGAUAAGAACUUUUAGUCAUUGGGUUUGUUGUUGUUUCAUGUUUUGGUGAAUUUGAUUGGAUUGGAAGGGGAUUACUGUUCAUGCGUUGCUAUGAAGGGGGAUUGGGAGAUUAUUUUUUUGUUUCUGAUUGAUUUGGAAGACUAAUGUGAUUGAUGAUUGUGAGGGAAAUCUGAGUUUUUUUAGUGAUUAUUUGCCAAAAGAGAGAAAACCCUUUCUGGAUUUAAGCUUUGGCAAUGGCCAGCAUAAGGAAAAGAAGCAUACAGUUAAGCAAACUUUGCUCAUUUGCGUGUUGUCGGUCGGAUUCUCUUGACGAUCAUGCGCAAAUCGCGCAAAAAGGGUACUCAAGAGUGGUGUAUUGCAAUGAACCUGACAGUCAAGAGCAAAUUCGACUCAAGUACAGGGGAAAUUAUGUCUCCACUACCAAGUAUACAGCAAUUAAUUUCAUCCCAAAGUCUUUGUUUGAGCAGUUUAGGAGGGUUGCAAAUAUAUACUUUCUUGUCGUAGCUUGUGUUUCGUUCAGUCCGUUGGCGCCAUAUUCAGCACCAAGCAUCAUUCUUCCCCUCGUGGUGGUGAUUGGAGCUACGAUGGCAAAAGAGGGUGUCGAAGAUUGGAGGCGAAGACUCCAGGAUAUAGAAGCAAACAAUCGAAAGGUUAAAGUUUAUGAUAGAAGUUCUUGUUCAUUCAAACAAAAUAAAUGGAAGGAUCUCCGUGUCGGUGAGCUUGUUACAGUGUACAAGGAUGAAUAUUUUCCUGCUGAUAUACUCCUACUUUCAUCAAACUACGAAGAUGGUGUUUGCUAUGUCGAAACAAUGAACCUUGAUGGAGAGACUAAUCUAAAGUUGAAGCAUGCCCUUGAGGUAACAUCCUCCUUGCGAGACGCAGGGAGCUUUAAGGACUUUAGAGCUUUGAUCAAGUGCGAGGAUCCGAACGAACAUCUUUAUUCUUUUGUCGGAACUUUGUACUAUGAUUGUCAACAAUACUCACUUUCCCCACAGCAGAUACUUUUGAGAGAUUCUAAACUGAAGAAUACUGACUAUAUCUUUGGUGUGGUUAUUUUCACCGGACAUGACACAAAAGUAAUGCAGAAUGCAACGGAUCCUCCUUCCAAGAGGACUAAGAUUGAGAAGAGGAUGGAUAGGAUAAUUUAUGUCCUUUUCAGUACUCUGAUUUCAAUAUCAUUCAUAGGGUCUUUCUUUUUCGGAAUCGAAACUAAGAAAGAUAUUAGUGGUGGAAAUUAUAGAAGGUGGUAUCUCCGACCAGAUAAAACGACUGUAUUCUUCGACCCUAAAAGACCAGCAGUAGCGGCAUUUUUUCAUUGCCUGACCGGCCUUAUGUUGUAUGGAUAUUUGAUACCUAUAUCAUUGUACAUUUCAAUUGAGAUUUGCAAGGUUUUACAAAGCAUUUUCAUUAACCAAGAUCAGGCUAUGUAUGACGAGGAAACGGAUAGGCCGGCACAUGCACGAACAUCCAAUUUGAAUGAGGAACUUGGUCAAGUCCAUACUAUACUCUCUGACAAAACCGGAACUUUGACAUGCAACUCGAUGGAGUUUGAAAUGCCUGCACUGGGCGUGACGGAGGUCGAAAUUGCACUGGCAAGGAAAAGAGGUGAGCAAUUGACUGAACCGACAUCUAUAGAUGGAUUUGAGUCAAAAAAAUCUGUCAAGGGUUUCAACUUCAGGGAUGAGCGCAUUAUGGAUGGGAAAUGGGUGAAUGAAGAACAAAAGGAUGACAUACAGAAGUUCUUUCGGGUCCUAGCAACUUGCCAUACCGCAGUUCCUGAAGUAAUGGAUUCUGGUGAGAUUAUUUAUGAAGCUGAGUCACCAGAUGAAGCAGCAUUUGUCAUUGCUGCUCGAGAGUUUGGUUUUCAGUUUUUCGCAAGGAAUCAGACAAGCAUAAAAUUGCAUGAAUUAGAUCUCGAGAGUGGCAUAACAGUUGACAGAGUAUACAACCUUCUUCACGUGUUGGAGUUCAGUAGUGCUCGGAAAAGGAUGUCUGUAAUCGUAAGGAAUCCAGAGAACCAGUUGUUGCUCCUUGCCAAGGGUGCGGACAGUGUAAUAUUUGAAAGGCUUUCGAAACAAGGUCGGGCAUUUGAGGACAAGACCAAAGAGCAUAUCGAAAGAUAUUCUGAGGCAGGGUUACGAACCUUGGCAGUUGCAUAUCGUGAGCUUGAUGAUGAUGAGUAUAAAACAUGGGAAAAAGAAUUUUUGAAUGCUAAAACUUCUGUAACUGCUGACCGAGAUGUUUUGGUGGAUGAGUGGGCUGAUCGGAUCGAAAGGGACUUGAUUCUUCUCGGUGCCACAGCAGUUGAAGACAAAUUACAGAAGGGGGUACCAGCCUGUAUUGACAAGCUUGCACGUGCCGGAAUCGGAAUAUGGGUCUUGACAGGAGACAAAAGGGGAACUGCUAUUAAUAUCGGGUAUGCAUGCAGUCUACUAAGACAUGGAAUGAAACAGAUUGUGAUCACGCUAGAGUUGCCGGAAAUUGAAGCCUUGGUAAAACAUGGGGAUAAGGAGGCCAUUGCCAAGGCUUCUCUUGAUUGUGUAAAGAAGCAAAUAAACGAGGGAAAAUUGCAAGUGGGUAAAGAAAGUUCGAUUGAGUUUGGUUUGAUAAUUGAUGGCAAGUCCUUGACUUUUGCUAUGGACAAGACUCUGGUGAACGAUUUUAUGGAUCUUGCAAUGAGUUGUGCUACUGUUAUAUGUUGUCGAUCUUCGCCGAAACAAAAGGCUGUUAUUACAAGACUGGUGAAAUCUGUUACGGGCAAAACAACACUAGCAAUCGGUGAUGGAGCAAACGAUGUCGGCAUGCUUCAAGAAGCUGAUAUUGGAGUAGGAAUCAGUGGAGUCGAAGGGAUGCAGGCUGUUAUGGCAAGUGAUUUUGCAAUAGCUCAAUUUCGUUUUUUGGAACGUUUACUACUGGUGCAUGGCCAUUGGUGUUACAGGAGAAUAUCAAUGAUGAUAUGCUACUUUUUCUACAAGAACAUCACUUUUGGAUUCACUCUGUUUUGGUUCGAGGCCUACACCUCAUUCUCUGGCCAACCUGCUUAUAAUGACUGGUACAUGUCAAGCUACAACGUCUUCUUCACUUCGCUACCUGUAAUCGCGCUUGGUGUUUUUGAUCAGGAUGUUUCUUCCAGACUUUGCCUCAAGCAUCCUUCAUUAUACCAGGAGGGAGUGCAAAAUCUCCUCUUCAACUGGGUCCUUAUUCUUGGGUGGAUGUUUAAUGGACUUCUUAGUUCAAUAAUCAUAUUCUUCUUAACAACCAACUCGAUAAUUGGUCAAGCAUUCCGCAAAGACGGUCAAGUUACUGAUUAUUCGAUUCUUGGGGUGACAAUGUAUACAUGUGUAGUUUGGACCGUAAAUUGCCAAAUGGCUCUUUCGAUCAAUUACUUCACAUGGAUCCAGCAUCUGUUCAUAUGGGGAAGCAUUGCCCUUUGGUAUAUAUUCCUGGUGGUUUACGGUUCAAUCCCGCCGACAUUAUCUACAACGGCGUACAAGGUUCUUGUUGAAGCUUGUGCACCGAGCAUUCUGUAUUGGCUCACCACCCUUCUCGUUGUGAUCUCUGCGCUACUACCUCUGCUUUCCUACAGAGCAUUUCAGAUUCGAUUUCGACCUAUGGAACAUGAUAAGAUACAAAUACAAAGACGUAGGUCGGAAAGCUUGGAACGUGAUGUAGCACAAAGCAGACUUUCGGAAAGCUCGGAGACCCGGAAUUCUAGUGAGUUGCCGGAAGAGGUUAGAAUCAGAAUAAAUAGUUUGAAGGGAAGUUCGAGGCGAAAGAACUCAUAGGGAUCUUUUUCUCCCUCGGCGGUUUUAAGCAUAGGCGCACCAGAAUUGCUUCUGCUUGACACCGGUGUGUAUACUAGAGAUGUAAAUGCGAUAUAUGCAAGUCUUAUUAAUGCAUAGGUAUGAUUUUAAUAUACGAACCUCACUGAUAUGUAUUUUUUUUUGUUUGUCA